CCCAAUGCCAUGCAUCAUUCCCGCAGCAAACAUCCUGAUCGGUCACCUAGCUCAUCUCCUUCCCAAAACACACACCUUUUCUCUAUCUGAAAUGGCUAGUUCCUUCAUGUUGUGCACGGUGGUUGUUGCGGCGUGCCUCGCCGCCGCCGCCGCCGACUGGUCUCAAGGCACUGCCACUUUCUACGGCGGAGUCGACGCGUCCGGGACGAUGGGUGGCGCAUGCGGGUACGACAACCUGUACAACGCGGGGUACGGCGUCAACACCGCGGCGCUGAGCCCGACCCUGUUCAACGACGGCGCGUCCUGCGGGCAGUGCUACCUCAUCACCUGCGACGGGACGCGUCCGGGCGGCCAGUACUGCAAGCCCGGCAACUCCAUCACGGUCUCCGCCACCAACCUGUGCCCGGCCAACUACGCGCUCCCCAACGGCGGGUGGUGCGGCCCGGGGCGCCCCCACUUCGACAUGUCGCAGCCGGCGUGGGAGAACAUCGGCAUCUUCGGGGGCGGCAUCAUCCCGGUGCUGUACCAGCAGGUCAAGUGCUCGCGCACCGGCGGAGUGCGCUUCGGCCUCGCCGGCUCGCAGUACUUCCUGCUCGUCAACAUCCAGAACCUCGGAGGCAGUGGCUCCGUGGGGGCCGCCUGGGUGAAGGGCGACAGAACCAACUGGAUUCAGAUGUCCAGGAACUGGGGCGCAAACUGGCAGGCGCUCGCCGGGCUCGUCGGCCAGGGGCUCAGCUUCGCCGUCAGCACUACCGGCGGGCAGUACAUUCAGUUCUGGAACGUCGCGCCUGGGUGGUGGCAGUUCGGACAGACCUUCGGCACAAACCUGAAUUUCUACUACUAAUUAAGACCCCCCGCUGCCGACGCCGAGGGCAUUCUCUUGAUUCUGACGGAGACCUAAAUACACUUGUUGGCUUCUUGCCGUUGUAUCAUUGCUUGUGUCGGCCGGCGACUCCCGGAUUGACGCCCAUCCUACUUGAUGCUCCGGCUGCUGGCGGAGGAAAUGGAAGAAUAGGAUGUAAAAAAGAGAAGGGGGUCGGUGACAUCACGUACACCAGAUUGCUUUUUACAACACAUUUUUUUCUUAACAUCGUAUGGGUAUAUACACCGAAUUAUAUACAAAGUCGUUCUACCAACAAUGUGCAGACUAUGAAUUUGCAUACUGUUGAUACAUCUUAGUUCCAUCAGGCCAGGAAAGGGUAAACCUGCAGUGUGUUGCCCUGUUCCCAGCUAAACACAUAACGUGUCACUAUCGGAAUUCAGCUUUUUACCGAAA